UUUCUUUUUUCCGUCGCGUUCUCUACUCGUCGUCACGAAGAACGAACGAACAAACGUACGGAUCACUUGAAAUUAGGGAUCCCGGCGCGUACGCGCAUGCGCGGUACGCGCAAUUUUUUCUCUUGGGUACUGCAGCUCGGCGAGCAGUCGUCCAUCUGUCGAGAGCGCGUUAAGGACGAUGUUGGACGUCGUGCGCGAGGUGCGACGACGACGACGUUUCGUAGCACGGCGUAGCCCGUCGACGAUGUGCUGUCCGUGUAGCGUCGCGAGGAACUACGUUUUCGCGUAACGCGAGCCGAAAACGGAUACGAGUAAAAGUGAGGUAGACACACGGUGCAUCGUCCCCUGAGCAGUCCAUGCGCUCUAUGCAGUGAUGGCUUCGGUGAAGGUAGCCGUGAGGGUUCGUCCCUUUAACAAAAGGGAGCUGGCGAUGAACGCGAAGAUGAUCGUGCAAAUGGACGGCAAGAAAACACGCAUAUUCAACACGAAGACACCGGGCAGCUGCAGAGAAAUCGACAGGGAGAAAUACAAAGACUUCACGUUCGAUCACUCCUACUGGUCCUAUGACCCGAACGACGACAACUACGCGUCCCAGGAAGAGGUUUUCUUUGAUCUUGGUACGGAUGUAAUAGAAAGUGCCUUCGAGGGCUACAAUGCCUGCGUCUUUGCCUACGGCCAGACAGGGUCUGGGAAGACCUUUACGAUGAUGGGCACGCCGGAGGCUCAAGGAUUGAUACCACGGAUCUGCAAAACGCUGUUCGCUAGAAUGGCCGCGGGGAAAGAGAGCGGAGCGUCGUAUAGAACCGAGGUAUCCUUCCUGGAAAUACACAAUGAGAGAGUGAGAGACUUGCUAAGACUGGACCAGUCACAGUCUCAUUCCCUCAGGGUGCGGGAGCAUCCUAAGAGGGGCCCUUACGUCCAAGACCUGUCCAGCCACCUCGUGUACGAUUAUUCGGACAUCCAGGAAUGCAUGGUGAGAGGCAACACGCACAGAACUACCGCUAGCACAAACAUGAACGAUGUGAGCAGUAGGAGUCACGCGAUCUUUACGAUAACGUUCGUGCAAGCUGGACUCUCCGAGGGCAACAUGCCAUCAGAGACCGUUUCCAAGGUGCAUCUUGUCGACUUGGCCGGAAGCGAGCGUGCUAACGCUACGGGAGCCACUGGACAACGACUGAAAGAAGGUGCCCACAUCAACAAGUCCCUGGUGACUUUAGGUUCUGUGAUAUCGGCGCUCGCGGAGGUCAGUUCCGCGAGCGACACGUCUUCUUCUUCUUCCAAGAAGAGCGUCUUUAUACCUUACCGCGACAGCGUGCUUACAUGGCUGCUGAAGGACUCGCUCGGUGGUAACUCGAAGACUAUAAUGAUCGCUGCUAUUAGCCCAGCGGAUUGCAACUAUGGCGAGACCCUCAGCACGCUCAGGUACGCCAAUCGAGCCAAGAACAUCAUCAAUAAGCCAACCAUCAACGAAGACCCGAACGUCAAGUUGAUCAGGGAACUCAGGGAGGAGAUCCUGAAGCUCAAGUCUCUUAUUGGGAAAGAUAUGAGCAUCGAGAGGCCACCGCAGAUGUUAUUGGCUCAGAUUCACGAGAAGCAGGAGCAGGAGAAGGUGCUGACGGAGGAGUGGACGGAAAAGUGGCGGGAAACGCAGCAGAUUCUUCAAGAGCAGAAAGCAUUGGGUCUUCGGAAGAGUGGCGUUGGCGUGGUCCUGGAUUCGGAAAUGCCUCACUUGGUAGGAAUCGAUGACGAUCUUCUCAGCACUGGCGUCACGCUGUACCAUCUGAAAGAGGGAAGGACGUUAGUGGGAACGGAAGAAGCGGCAACCACGCAGGAUAUCGUAUUGACCGGUGGCGACGUCGAACCAGAGCACUGCGUGGUAGAGUUAGACAGCGGCGUAGCAACCCUUCAUCCCCUUUCUUCGCACUGCUGGAUCAACACAGCGCAAGUAGAUAAACCCACGCGCCUCUCGCAAGGCUGUAUUAUUCUACUGGGCAGGAACAAUAUGUUCCGGUACAACGAUCCAGUAGAGGCGGCCAAGCUAAGAAAGGAAGGUGGAACGGGUAACGGUAACUUACAAUCGACGGUCGUCAAUCUUUCAAGAUUGUCCCUCUUGAGUUGGAGUGUCUCGGAUUUGCAUGCCUCGUCCUCUAGCGAUAACCUUUUAAAUUCGAGCGAAGACCUCCGCGCGCUCGAGGAACUGGAACAGCAGAAGGCUGCCCUUAUCAAGGAAAAGGAGGACUUCAAGGUUCGUGAGAGGGAACAGGAGGAACGAGAAGAGAGAUGGGCCGCCAGAAGGGAGGCCCUGAAAGGCGCGCAACGUGAAUUGGAACGCGAAUGGGGCGCCCAAUGGAAAGAGUGGGCGGACGCGAUAGCCGCUCUCGAAUCACGGCAACGCGAGUUGCGUGCGCGCCGUAACAUCCUGGAGCAAGAGCGACGGGACGAAAUGACGCAAGUAGAAAGUUUAUGUAGGGAAGUUGCCUCUCUGCGCACAACAUUGCAGUCCAAGCAUCGUCAAUUCCAAGAGUUCAUGAACAAUCACGAACGCACGCAAAGAUUCCAUCAAUGGUGGGAGAAGACGGACGACGGCGCCGGCAGCGACGGCAGCUUGCCAGAAUCCUGGUCGAGUUUGAACGAUGAUAAAUGCGUUGACGCGAUGCGAGAGCUUGUUAAUCAUCACAAGAAAGAAUUGGCCGUCUUGGAAACCGAGUUGCAAAACAAAGUGAAGUCCCUAAACGAACACCAAAGCAAGGUAGAUAAAAUGGAGGAAGAGCUGAUGGAGAUAGCUAGGAAGCAAAAGCACAUAUUUAACCUCGAACUGGAAGGUGAAGGAAACACGGAGAAAAAAUUGCUUCUAGCAAAGCGCACCCAGGAGCAGCUUCAGGAGAUCCUACGACGGAAACAGAGUCUUUCGUUGAAUUUGAAACGAGCUCUACCCGCGUCACUGGACGACCAGUCCCUGAGCGGCGACGAUAUCGUGUCCAACGGGGAGAGCCAAUCGUUCCUGGACGCGUGUAAUAGAAAACUUCAAAUAGCCUCUGCAAUGAACAUACUGCCACAAAAUCUUCCAAGUUCCGUCGAUACCGCAGAUACUUUUCAUACAGCUGCGGCUGACUCUCCGGAGCCUCGCAUUCUCUUCGAAGAUCCUAACACGAAACGGUUUGAAACCUCGCUGGACGAUGAACAAGAACCAGACAAGCAACUGGACACUUCCCCAAAAGUUUACUUGGAGAACGACAAGACGAGAUUGCCUGAAACGAAAGUAAACAGAAAGUCUUCGGUGGAAGGUGUCACGGAGCCAGAGAAGUGUAACGGCAGUGCACCGAAAUCACCAACGGACUCCAUCACGGGAAUGGAAAUUCCUGAAGACUCGUUGGAGUCACCGGUGCAACGGAAUCCAGCGAUGAAACGUCUUAACCAAAGAAUCGCUCGUCAACGAAUGAUGGUGAUGAGGUGCCUAGAGACUAGCACUCCCUCGAAAGAAGACCUGAACAGGCAGAUAAUGAUUCUGCAGGAGCUCCAGAAGCAGCAGAUCGAAUUGGAGGUGUCGCUCUUGGAAGAUGAGCGAAAGAAUCUCAGACAUUCUAUGUCGCAGUGCAGCGACGACAGGCUGCAGGACCAUGACGACCGUGUGCAGACUGUAGAGUCGAACACAUGUCGCGAUUUAGAAGUUAUGAAUAACACAGCUACUCUGUUAACCAUGUCCACAACGCGAUCUCCGAUUCAAAGGAACAACAGGCCUAAUACCAACGACGACGAGGGUUUGUCGGAAUCAGUUGCUCCUAGGAUAUCUUCUGGUAGAGGAUACUCGACAGUUUAUCUAACGAGUCAGAACCGAGGGGACCGAUUGAGCAGUCCGUACUCCUUGACAAUCACUAGAUCCCUGCCGUCUUUGAUAGCGAACGACACCGACUGCGACAAUGUAAUUAACAUGAUCGUCAGUAUACCUUCCUACGUGAUACGCGGAGCAGGGACGUCUAGCCAUUACGAGUACGAAGUGCGUGUUGUAGCUCAAGACGAUAGUUGGACGCUUCUGCGUAGAUACAGAAGAUUCCGGGAAUUGUACAUCUCCAUGCGACAGAAAUAUGGUAGCAAGGUAGCAGCGAUACGCUUCCCACCUCGACAAGUUUUUCCAAGGUACGAGGUAGUAGCGCGACAACGUAGGAAACGAUUAGAGGAAUAUUUGCGACGACUGAUACAAGUCUGCUCAGAAUUGCCACACUGCGAACCUCUUUAUAAGUACAACGGCAACUUAAGCAACAUAGAUAAGCAAUCAUUGCUGGAAUUUAGUUCGUUCUUCAGACGGGGAACAUUCGAGAGCAGUAAGUACGGGACGAGUUAAACGAAUCGGUUCCCCCGAAGAGCGAAACAAACUCGAGCGGGAAAUGUUUAAUAAUUCGUUGUAUUUUUUUAUGAGAGCGGACUGGAGAUGAACCUAAAGUGGGAAAAAUAUUAGCAAAGUAUAGUUACCACUUUUUGCGACGAUUAUUAAUUCUAUAUUUUACCAAAAUACGUUUCCAAAAGUUUAUCGUUUAUAAGACUGAUGUAAUAUCGCAUAUUUAAUAUCUGUUCGUUCUUAGCGUUAGUAAAAGGUAUCACGAUUCGUAUUUGAGAAAUGAGCAAGAUCUGACCGAGUCUCGAGGAGUAUUUUCAACGUAGAUGGGAUUCCCAGACCAAAUCGUUACGGGUUGCAGAUAUUUUCCUAAUGUUUUUCUCCCUUGUUAGAAGCAGAGAUGGGUAAAAUUUUAUUCGAAUAAUAGAUAAUAGAAUAUUAGCGACGUUUAGUUUGAUUAGCAUCUUGUGAAGCAUUUAAUUCUAUAAACGAAAUUCUAAUUUUUAUUGUAUAUUCGGUAUUCGAAAUUUUUAUCUAGAUAAGAAUUUUACCCAUCUUUAGAUGCAUCAUGCAAUUUCAAAGUGUACCUUUCUCACGCUUCGAUUCCUCACGGAAUUAUCGAUUUCUUUGUUUGAAGCCAUCGAUCACUGAUGGUAUGUUAGCUAGACCAGUAUUGUUAUAUGAGAUACGCGCGAAUUACGGAAUGAUUUGUUGUGCGCACAACCACGAUGACCAUAAACGUACAUCGGGCGUGAUUAUGCUCGUGAUAAUAAUUAGAUUUCAUAAAAUGAUCGCGUUUAUUUUUUCGUCGGACCGCGUCUUUUACACACCGUCGGAGAGAGUCGACUGGAUUAUAUUGAAAAAAAAUGAACUUCCUCCUAGCGCGUAGUUAAUAAAUGAAACUUAUUGAAUGAUCAUAAUUUUACGAAGUGCAAAGAAUAUCAUAUCGCUGUUGAAGUUCUUCCGGUUCCGGGGAGUUAUAUAUAAUAUAUAUAUUGUAUAUGUAUACACUGCGUUUCGAGGCAAAGUUUGUAUGAAAACACACACACACAAACACACACGUACACAUACACGAACAGCAAUGUUAAAGUUGACGUUAUGCAAUGCUUUGGCAAUGAGAAAAAUUUAUAUUAAUCGACGCUAACUUUAAUAUUAUCGAUUAUUCUCGGCAAAAUGUUUAACCACCAUUGCAAACAGAGAUGGGCAAAUUUUCUAGAUCGAAACUUCGAAUAACUAAAAGUGCAUAUUUUCAAUCUUUCCGAAUCCGAGUCUUUUGAUAAGGCUAAUCAGCCCAUCAAUAAGAACACCACCUCAAACAUACGUGCAUAAUUAUUUAAUCGAAUAAAAUGUUGGCCAUCUCUGAUAGUAAAGCUGCUUCGCAAGAAUCGAAGAUUUUUACCUUUUUAACGCGGUGUACGCUUUCCAAGUCCAAGAAUUCUAUAUAUACUAAACGAAACAAAAAAAUAAUCGCAUUUAUCUAUUGCACGGCCAGAUCAUUUUGCCUUGAAUUCUAACUAAUCGGGAGUAUUAACGACAUUAUUGUAUUCGACAUCUGAUUCCUAUUGUUUGAUAUUAAAAAGCAAAUGAAACACUUAGCAAUACGCAGCAUCGUCAUCGAAGUAAAUAUUCAACUUGUGAUUAUGGUGAACGAUACUUAUUCCAUGGCUGUGUAUUAAACUGACUUCAAACCCCGAUGAAUUGUCCUGGAUGGAUGGUUUAGUCGUACUAGUAGCUCGUAGCCGCGAGGUCUGUAUAUUUUAGCAAAUUGUUUAGACGAACAUUGUACCUCAUGUUUCAUACGAUUUCCGAAAGAAUAUCAACUGCUUUUUUUUAUACUUGAUCUACGCGAUCUAUGUUCUCUAAAUGUAAGAAGAUACAGUAAAUAGUCAUAGCUCGA